GACGUAAUAAACAGAACGUAGUAACCGCUAUUGAAAUGUCGCACAUUUACAGUGCUGACGAAUAUCUGCUGAUAAAAGUUAUUAACAGACAAAUUACCUGCAAAAUGGAAGAAAGUCCGCAAAAUGAUAACCGACGUGUAGCUAAAAGCACAUUCAAAGAUAUCCUCAUAAGUCCAAACAAUGAUGACGUCAUCAUUCCAAUGAGUGCGACGUUCGACAAAGCUGUAUUACAUAUUGGUAUAGGAAACGGAUGUGGUAUAUUUAUAGAGAAGUUUGGUGUGAAGAAUGACAAAGAGUUGAAAACUUCAGUGAAAUAUGCCACCCGAAAGUUCACAGACGCCCGUAAUCAAAGGAAAAACAAAGGUAAAAACCUAACAGCAAGUAGAAGUGAAGAUAUUGAGAAGAUUGUAGAUGAAAGUGGUGAAAAGUUUACAAGAGACAUUCCAAGUAUGGAAGACAUUGAUAGACAGCUGGCUAAGCUAGUCGACCAUCUUUUGGUUAAGUCACCAAUGGAAACCAAAAAUGCUAAAAAUACAAUGUCAGACACUAAACCUCUGAAAGAAAACAAAUCUUUAAAUAUCGAAAGUGACAUUAGUGCCACUGAUAAAAGUAUUCAAUCUACGAUAGGGACAGUUUUCACAUCUGACAUCAAAAGUGACGAACGUCGAGAACCAAGGCAUGAAAAAGAAAUUGCUGAAAGUACUACACCAGGUUUUGAUGAUCAAACCAUUGCUGGGACAAAUAUGAAGAUUCAUUUGUAUAAGCUUAAUGAAACACGUUUUAAAGCAGAGAAGACAACUUCAUUUGAAACCAUUGAUAAAGCUUAUCAGGAGGAAAUGUUACAGAUUGCAAUUGAUAAAGAGGCAGGUAUCUAUAAACCAACUAACAUUUGGCCAUCAACUGAAAGAGGAUCAAGUUUUCCACUUGAAGAAGAUAUGCAUGUAUAUCUGGAUGAAGUUUUUGUAAUAUCAAAACGAGGCUCUGAAAUGUUUGAUGAAUAUGUAUCAGUAACUACAGAGAAGAGAAGAAAAGGCGAACAACAAAGAUGUAUCCGAAAGCGAUCCGACGAGUGCUGUUGUAGAUAUAGCGAAAGAUUACACAGUUGCAGACAGCAAUGUGUUUGAAGACGUUCUAUUUAAAGACCAAAGUGAUCCAAUUUUAUCUGAUACAAUUGUAGAUAGAGCAGCCGAUAACGACAGCGAUACAUCAUAUGUAGUCUCGGAUACGUUUGGUAACUUUCUAGAUAUAGGGUCAGAUGAUUCAAUGAGUAUAGAUAUAGGUGCAGUUGAUGAAAUGUUAGAGAGUCACACACUAGAUGAUGUCUUAGUUAUAGAAGCAGAUGAUGAAAUCGUUGAUAUAGCAGAAUCAGAUGACGAUAUUGUAGACAUCGAAGCAAUAGUUCCCCAAGAUGAUCAAGAUGAAGUGGACAUAACAGCAGCCAGGAAUGACAUUGAUGAUACAUAUAUUACAUACAACGAUAUUGUUGACGAUAAUGAUAACCUGUUUGGUAUCAUGGACAUCUACAUAAAGAGUGAUCUACACUUCGACUUACACAACAUACCAGCAUCAGCCGAGCACCCUGACCAGAAGAAAGACUUUGGAUAUAAAUUCUUUUCAUUUUCAACAUUCUUUAAAUAAUAUAGUAAAGAUUAGAAAAA